GCGACACGGAAGUGCGACUACGCGCGUCCUUCACUUUACCGACAGCACAUAAACACGUUACAGAAGUCUUUUUUGUGUUUUUUGUGUAUUACUAUUGUUUUUUAGGGUUUUAUGGUUUAACAUAAGUGAACAGCAGUAGUGAUUGGGUCGAAGAAAUUAUUUCGGAGAUUUUAUCGUUGAAUUCGAGGAUCAAGCAGCAAUGUCGGCUCCAAACUCAGCAGAAAGAAAAGCCUGCUGGGAUGCCAGAGACCUGCUUUGGAAAUGUCUGGAUGACAAUAAUGACAAAGCUGCUUCCUGCCAGAAGUUCCAGAGCGAGUUUGAGGCCAUGUGCCCCGCUCAGUGGGUGAAAUAUUUCUCCAAGAGGAGAGACUACCUGAAAUUCAAAGAGAAGAUGCAGACAGAAGGAUUCACACCAGCUGAAGGCCCCCGGCAGCCUUCCUAACCACGGGACAGGAGACGGUCAAAACCUCACUGCAAAAAAGGUGUGUCUAAAAACACUAAAUCUGAGGGAAAUGAUCUUGCUGCAUGGACAGAUAAUUUCACUUGACAAGAUUAGAAAUUAGAAAUAAGCAUGUUGUACGCUUAAAAUAAGAAAUUAACUCUUAAAACAAGAUAAAUUAUCUUUCACUUCUAAAUCUAAAGUUUUUUUUUUAUCUUGGUAAGAAACAAAUAAUUUGCAUUUAAUUUCUUAUUUUAAGCAUACAACAUGCUUAUUUCUAGAUUUGAUAAUCUUAAUUUAAGAAAUCUUGUCAAGUGAAAUUAUCUGUCCAUGCAGCAAGAUCAUUUCCCUCAGAUUUAGUGUUUUUAUCUUGUUUUGAGACACACCUUUUUUUUGCAGUGUGCAGCCUUAGUCAGAGCUGGGCCAGAGGUGCAGGACUUGGAAAGGAGUACCUUUGUUGUGGACAGAGUACCUGAACUGCUGCUUGAUAUUUAUUUGUACAAAGAUAACAGCUGCACCAAGAAACGUAUUCGCAGCUGUGGCGGCGUGAACAACCUGUUUGAGCUUCAAGCCGGGAGAGAGAAGGAAAAGAGCCUCACGGUUAGUGAAUCAAGUCUCCCAGUCAGUUGGAUUUCACCUGGAAAUUACAUGUAAUAUCAUUUUGGAUAAACUUUUCAAAUAACUUGGAAUAGUUGUGAUGAGUGCAACACUGACUUGUAAUCACACAUACAGUAAACGCACACUGGGUCUAUGUCUCAUCCUAACACUGAUCAAGAUUAAUUCUCUGAUUGUUUUUAAAGAAAAUAUCAUCUCCUUAUCAUUUCUGUUGGCAGCCUUAGUAUUCAGUGUCCAGACGCACAACUUUGGUUUGUUUGGGUUGAAGUCACAAAUCAUAAUCAAUUAAAUUAUACUACUGUGAUUUACAGGAAAAUGCUGAUCUGUACUGAUUGCUGAUAUUUACCUUUUAAUUCCGGGAAGUGCCUCAUUUGGCAAAAUCUUAAGUGUGACUGACUUGUGGUGUUGUGUGUAAAUAAAGAAAAUAAUAAAUACAAUAA